UGACAGCUUGCACCCUCUCUCUCUCUCUCUCUCUCUCUUGAAACCCAUUAGUGCCGGCCCAAAUUCUCUCUCUCAUGAAUUCCUGUCAACGGAAAAUUGGUGUGAUCUCCCCAAUCAAUUAGAGAACAAGAUCGACAUUGAGCAGAACCAGAAAUGAGUGUGAUCGACAUUUUAACUCGAGUCGACUCGAUCUGCAAGAAAUACGACAAAUACGACGUCGACAAGCAGAAAGACCAAAAUGUCUCCGGUGACGACGCCUUCGCUCGUCUAUACUCCGCCGUCGAAGACGAAAUCGAUGCCGCUCUUCAGAAAGCUGAGGCAGCCUCUAAGGAGAAGAAUAGGGCAUCUGUAGUGGCGAUUAAUGCGGAGAUUCGUCGCACCAAGGCCAGGUUGGUAGAGGAGGUCCCUAAAUUGCAGAGAUUGGCCAUGAAAAAGGUCAAAGGGCUUUCGACAGAAGAAUUUGCUGCCCGCAAUGAUUUGGUUCUUGCACUACCUGAUAGGAUUCAAGCCAUACCAGAUGGGGCUGCAGGUGCACCUAAACAAACUGGAGGCUGGACAGCUUCAGCUUCUCGUACAGAAAUCAAGUUCGAUUCAGAUGGACGGUUUGAUGAUGAAUAUUUCCAGCAAACCGAAGAGUCAAGUCAAUUUAGGCAAGAGUAUGAGAUGCGGAAAAUGAAACAGGACCAAGGUUUGGAUGUCAUAGCAGAAGGUUUGGAUACAUUGAAAAACAUGGCCCAUGAUAUGAACGAGGAAUUGGAUAGGCAAGUUCCUUUGAUGGAUGAGAUUGACACUAAGGUGGACAGGGCAACAUCUGACCUAAAGAAUACCAAUGUUAGACUUAAGGACACUGUUAACCAGCUGAGAUCGAGUCGAAAUUUCUGCAUCGAUAUUAUCUUGUUGUGUAUAAUACUGGGCAUCGCGGCCUAUUUAUACAAUGUAUUGAAGUAAAAUGGUAAAAUGGGCUAUCGGAUCUGUUACUGUGACAGUGGAUUUGUCUGGUUUAUUUCUUGCGUUCAUUGAGGUCUUACUCUGAGCUUGAGUUUUGGUUUCCUUUGCUCUUCUAAUGUUUUGCAUGUCUUUAACUUGGAGAGUGCACUUUUGUCUUUUAAAUACAAACAUGGAUACAACACGUCUCUGUUAAUCAUCUUGAUUUUGCUGAGCUACAAAUCGCUGAACACCACUUUUAGAGAUUGGUUACUUGUUUAAAAUUUGUUGAUAUAAGCUGAAAGACUUUCAGCAAAAUUAAAUUGUAUUCACAGACAAAUGAUAACAUCGGAAAAACUUUGGACAGCGAAUCUCUUCACAUUUCCAGGUUAGGAUUGACAUUGAAGCAUGG